CCCGGGCAGCCGGGGCAGCGGGAGGCGUGCGCAGCGCCGGCGAGGAGGACCCGCGCCAGCAGGCACUUCUCUCCCCCCCACGUGGACCCCGAGACCCAGACAUCCGCAUCAGCUGUUUUCUCUGGGUUGCCCCGGCCGCAGGCUCGCCCCGACCCCGCGGCUUCGGCCUAGUUUUCCCUGCCCUCCCCAGGCCUGCUCGACCUCCUCUGCACAUUCCUCUUCUGUCCAACUCCCCGGAGGCCCGCACCGUGACGCGUGUAGCCCCCGCAUUUCCACGGGUCCCUGGGGCCCCGCGGCCUGACUUUGCUCCUGAGGUCGGAACCGCUGAUCCAAACGAAAUCUUAGACUCAGCGCGUAAAUCAGACCUAAGAAGAAGCGCUCUGGUGGGAACCGGGUGGGGGAUCCGGAGGAACCUGCUUCCAGCCGCUCGGCGCCCACUGGCCCGCGCCCGCCUCCCUGGCCGAGCCGCGUGGCCCCGGGCGCCGCUCGCCGCAGGCCUCCGCUCCUUCCCAGCGCCGUGCACGCCAGGCCCCGCCAUGGAGCUGCGCUCCGAGCUGCCGAGCGUGCCGGGCGCAGGCUCGGCGGCGGCGACAGCGCCGGGGCCGCCCGUGGCGUCGGUGGCGUCGGUGGCGGCGGCGGCGGCGGCGGCCGCGUCGCUCCCGGUGAGCGUGGCGGGCGGCCUGCUCCGGGCGCCGCCGCUGCUGCUGCGCGCGGCCGAGAAGUACCCGCGGACGCCCAAGUGCGCGCGCUGCCGCAACCACGGCGUGGUGUCGGCGCUCAAGGGCCACAAGCGCUACUGCCGCUGGAAGGACUGCCUGUGCGCCAAGUGCACGCUCAUCGCCGAGCGCCAGCGCGUCAUGGCGGCGCAGGUGGCGCUGCGCAGGCAGCAGGCGCAGGAGGAGAACGAGGCGCGCGAGCUGCAGCUGCUCUACGGCACGGCCGAGGGCCUGGCGCUCGCCGCCGCCAACGGCAUCAUCCCGCCGCGGCCCGCCUACGAGGUCUUCGGCUCCGUGUGCGCCGCCGACGGCGGGGGGCCCGGGGCCGCGGCGCCCGCGGGGACCGGAGGCGGCGCGGCGGGCGCGGGGAGCUCAGAAGCCAAGUUACAGAAGUUUGAGCUGUUCCCCAAGACGCUGCUUCCGACCGGCCGCCCCGGCAGCCCGCAGCCGCCAGCGGGGAAGCCCCUGUCGCCCGACGGCGCGGACUCGGGCCCUGGGACGUCCUCCCCGGAGGUGCGGCCGGGCUCAGGCUCGGAGAACGGAGACGGCGAGUCCUUCUCGGGGUCGCCCCUGGCCCGGGCCUCCAAGGAGGCAGCGGGGAGCUGCCCGGGCAGCGCAGGCCCGGCAGGCGGUGGCGAGGAGGACAGCCCGGGCUCCGCCAGCCCUCUGGGCUCCGAGUCCGGCUCCGAGGCCGACAAGGAGGAGGCCGAGGCGGCCCCCGCCCCCGGGCUGCCCGCGGGCCCGGGUCCCCGGCAGCGGACGCCGCUGGACAUCUUGACGCGCGUCUUCCCGGGCCACCGGCGGGGCGUCCUGGAGCUGGUGCUGCAGGGCUGCGGCGGCGACGUGGUGCAGGCCAUCGAGCAGGUGCUGAACCACCACCGCGGGGGCGUGGCGGCCGGCCUCGGCCCCGCCGCGCCCCCGGACAAGGCCGCGGUGGCAGCGGACGACGCGUGGCCGGGCCGCGUGGACGCCGCCGCCGGGGGCCCCGGGCUGCCCGCGCCCCUGCAGGCCGCGCCCGCCGCCCCGCCGCACCACAGACCUCUGCUGGCCGGGGCCGUGGCGCCGGGGGCGCUGGGCUCGCUGAGCAGCCGCUCGGCCUUCUCGCCGCUGCAGCCCAACGCCAGCCACUUCGGCGCCGACGCGGGCGCCUACCCGCUGGGCGCGCCGCUCGGCCUCAGCCCCCUGCGCCUGGCCUACUCGGCGGCGGCGGCGCACAGCCGCGGCCUGGCCUUCAUGGCGCCCUACUCCACCGCCGGCCUGGUGCCCACGCUCGGCUUCCGGCCGCCCGUGGACUACGCCUUCAGCGACCUCAUGCGCGACCGCUCGGCCGCCGCGGCGGUGCACAAGGAGCCCAGCUACGGCGGCGGCCUGUACGGCCCGAUGGUCAACGGCGCCCCCGAGAAGCAGUAGGCGGCCCCCCCCCCCCCCCCGGGCGCCCUGCGGCCUCUGCCCAAGGGCGGCUGUCGGUCUCGGGUCUCGCUUCGGA